AUUACUAUAUAUAUAUAAAUCAGCUCAUAGCAAUCAGUGUAAAGAACAACAACGUUAUAACACAACAGGAAUAGCUCAGAAAAAAGGAAAUCUAUUUCAGAAGAACAAAAGACAGCCAAUUGAUUUCUCUUGUCCCAUAUAUAUUAACCCACCGUUACUCUGCUUUUGUGUAUAUUUUCUUCAUCUCCAUUUUCUUGAUUCACUCAGCUUCUUGCAUUGAGGAUUUCAGGUCUAAUAAUCUGUUCAAGAUCCAUUCUGAAGUCGUAUGGGGAUAUCGUUUUCGUGCCCAUUUUCUUCUCAUUGUGAUUUGGAAAACAGUCUUGAAUCUAUUAUUGUGAAGUCUAUCAACUUUGGUGAUAAUGAACAGAAGACACUGUUACAUUCCAUUAGCUUCAAAAGCCAAGAUUCUGAACCCAUAGUAAUGCAAUCAGAUGGUUCAGGAAAUAUGUUGAUAGAAAAAUCUGUCAGUUUUAAGACAAAGGAAAAUGCAAUGGACAUGUUUAGCAUGAACGAAGAAACUCCGAAAUCGCCUUUGGUAUAUAGUAACAGCCCAAAACAUGAGGCAGCUCUGAAAUUGCAGAAAGUGUACAAGAGUUUUCGGACUAGACGAAAAUUAGCAGAUUGUGCCGUUCUUAUUGAGCAAAGUUGGUGGAAGCUAUUAGAUUUUGCAGAACUUAAACAUAGUUCUAUUUCAUUUUUUGAUCUUGAGAAGCAUGAGACUGCGAUUUCGCGCUGGUCAAGAGCAAGAACAAGAGCUGCCAAGGUAGGCAAAGGCUUAUCUAAGAAUGGCAAAGCACAGAAACUUGCUUUACAACAUUGGCUUGAAGCUAUCGAUCCAAGACAUCGUUAUGGACACAACUUGCAUUUCUAUUAUGUUCAAUGGUUGCAUUCUCAAAGUAAAGAGCCCUUCUUCUACUGGUUGGAUAUAGGAGAAGGCAAAGAAGUGAAUCUUGUCGACAAAUGCCCACGAUGGAAACUUCAGCAGCAAUGCAUCAAGUACCUUGGUCCGAUGGAAAGAAAGGCUUAUGAAGUUGUAGUGGAAGAUGGGAAGCUUUUCUACAAGGAAACUGGGAAGGUACUUGACACAACUGGUGAACCAAAAGGUGCUAAGUGGAUAUUUGUCCUUGGCACAUCUAAAAACUUAUAUGUUGGAAAGAAAAAGAAAGGAUCAUUUCAGCAUUCCAGUUUCUUGUCCGGGGGCGCCACAUUAGCUGCUGGAAGGAUAGUUGUGGAACAAGGAGAAUUAAAGGCUGUUUGGCCUCAUAGUGGACAUUAUCGACCUACUCCAGAAAACUUUCAAGACUUCAUUUCGUUUCUUAGGGAGAACGACGUUGACCUAAGUGAUGUUAAGCUUGAUUCUGUUGAUGAUGAAGAUGAUUCUAUUGGCAAGAAGAAUGGCGUAUACUUCAGAGAUAACUCUUCUGAUGACGAAAUAGCUCAAAAAGAUGAUCCAGAGAUUACAUUAGAAGUCUCAACUUCAGAGAAAAAUGAGUUGAAAGAACACGCGACGAUGCCUGCUGCUUCACCACUUAACAAGUUAAGACCAUCUCAUAGCUUCAGUGACAAAUUGCCUAAUCUAAAAAUACCAAGCCACGACGAUUUACUAGAGAGAUUAAAGAAUGAAAAUGAAACCGUUAAACUAGAAUCACCAACAGAUGGAUAUGAAUCAGCUAGAGAGUUAUUUGCUUCUGAACAAGACAGUAAAGAAGAGACAAUUCCACAAGAAUGUAUACUCCAGAGGAUAAAUUCACAUAAAGAAAUGAAGUCAUUUCAAUUAGGAAAGCAACUGUCUUGUAAAUGGAGUACUGGAGCUGGACCUCGAAUCGGAUGCUUGAGAGAUUACCCUUCACAGCUACAAUCUCAUGCAUUAGAAGAAGUGAACUUAUCCCCUAGAAGUGCUCGUCGUCUCAAUUUUUAUUCGAGGUCAUCAACCCCAACGAGCUUUAGCAGAGAAAUGCAAGAGCCUUUUCUGCAUUCGCCUCAUGACUCAAGAAGACAUUCCUCUCCAUUUUGUAAAGGACUCUAAAUUCAGUCGUGGAACCUCAUAGUAAUGACAUAGGAUUAGAUAUCAUUUAUUCAUUUAUUGUGAAUAGUAAAGACAUAGGAAUUCUUUCACAUUCUUUCUAGGAAUUCUUUGACAGUUCUUUUUUUUUGUCAAUUCAAAUUUGUAUACAUUUCUUGUUCUUAUUAUCAGAAAGCAGGAUUAUCAUUGUAGAACUUUGCGAGUUCCUAUAUGUUGUAGUUGGAAAAAAAGAAAUGAGAAACAA